UGCGUUGGGACGCGCUGAAAACUGGAAGGGAGCGCGGAGAGCGAGCGUCGAUGGUUGCGAGACAAGAGCGCGCGGUGUGAGAAUUUCGCAGACGAGACUUCGACGAUCCUCCCGCACUCGCUUUAGAAUUUGGUCGCCAUCGGCACGAGCUUAAAGAUGCUGAGGAGGGUCGCGAAGAAGGUCUGGCCUGCGGCCAGCGCCUUUGCCCAUCCUGGAGGUGUUGCAAGGUAUCAUGCAGCUAGGAGUGGUUCACGCAUUCUAUCGAACGAUGCCCCAUCAGGCACGACUUUAGGCGAGGCUGGAGGACCUGCGUCUUACCCAAUUGUAGACCAUACGUAUGACGCUAUAGUGGUAGGUGCGGGAGGAGCCGGGCUUAGAGCCGCCAUCGGAUUAUCAGAGCAUGGGUUCAACACUGCAUGCAUCACCAAGCUUUUCCCAACCCGAUCACACACUGUCGCUGCUCAGGGUGGGAUCAAUGCAGCGCUUGGAAAUAUGUCGGAGGACGACUGGAGGUGGCAUAUGUACGACACAGUGAAAGGAAGUGAUUGGCUUGGUGACCAAGAUGCUAUCCAGUAUAUGUGUAGGGAAGCUCCUAAGGCUGUUUAUGAACUCGAAAACUAUGGGCUUCCAUUCUCCCGUACCAAAGAAGGAAAAAUUUAUCAGCGUGCUUUUGGCGGACAGAGCCUGAAUUUCGGGAAAGGAAAGCAAGCGCAUCGUUGUGCCUGUGCAGCUGACCGAACUGGUCAUGCAUUGCUACACACACUGUAUGGGCAGGCCAUGAAACACAACACUCAAUUUUUUGUCGAGUACUUGGCUCUUGAUUUGAUUAUGGAUACUGACGGUUCUUGCAGAGGCGUCAUAGCUUUGAACAUGGAGGAUGGUACACUUCAUCGUUUCAAAGGCCAUUCUACAAUCUUAGCAACUGGGGGAUAUGGAAGGGCUUAUUUUUCAGCUACUUCUGCUCACACCUGCACAGGUGAUGGCAACGCAAUGGCUGCACGGGCUGGAAUUCCUCUUGAGGAUUUAGAGUUUGUACAGUUCCACCCUACUGGUAUCUACGGUGCCGGUUGUUUGAUCACAGAAGGUUCACGUGGUGAAGGAGGUAUUCUUCGGAACAGUGAGGGUGAGAGGUUUAUGGAGAGGUACGCUCCAACAGCCAAGGAUUUGGCAUCUCGUGACGUCGUCUCGAGAUCAAUGACCAUGGAGAUUCGUGAAGGUCGUGGUGUGGGCCCCAUGAAGGAUCACAUCUAUCUCCACCUUAACCAUCUGCCCCCAGAAGUUCUGAAGGAGAGAUUACCUGGAAUUUCCGAAACCGCAGCCAUUUUCGCCGGAGUUGACGUGACGAAGGAACCUAUUCCUGUCUUGCCCACUGUUCAUUACAACAUGGGUGGUAUUCCCACCAAUUAUCAUGGAGAGGUUGUGACCAUUCAGGAUGGCAACCCUGACCACGUAGUACCAGGGUUGAUGGCUGCGGGUGAGGCUGCCUGUGCUUCUGUUCAUGGUGCUAACAGACUCGGAGCAAAUUCAUUGCUCGAUAUUGUUGUUUUCGGUCGGGCUUGCGCAAAUAGGGUCGCUGAUAUUUACAAGCCAGGACAACCUCAUCGUCCUCUGCCCAAGAACGCAGGGGAGGCAACAAUCGCAUGGUUGGAUAAGCUGAGAUAUGCGAAGGGCGACCUGUCCUGUGCCCAUAUCCGAGACAAGAUGCAGAGGGUUAUGCAGAAUAAUGCCGCAGUUUUUCGAACUCAGGAAACUCUAGAAGAAGGCAAAACUCUGAUUGAUGAUGUAUGGAAAUCAUUCGAGAGGGUCAAGAUCAGUGACCGAAGUCUUAUAUGGAACACUGAUUUGACCGAGACGAUUGAGCUGGAAAAUUUGCUGAUAAACGCUGUCAUCACCAUGCAUUCUGCGGAGGCUAGAAAAGAGAGUCGUGGUGCUCACGCUCGCGAGGAUUUCAAGACUCGGGACGAUGCGAACUGGAUGAAACACACUUGCGGAUAUUGGGAAGAUGGAAAGGUGAGGCUGGAAUACCGACCAGUGCACAUGAAUACUCUUGAUGAUGAGGUUGAGAGUUUCCCUCCGAAGGCCCGUGUGUAUUAAGGAGCAAGAAAUGCGUGUAUCUAGAGUUCGGCCAUUGUACAUUCUAAUCCAGUAAAGUAGGAGCUGGGGCUACGGUGGGGCUACUUGAUUUAGCUCAAUAAACAGAAAACAAUUUUGGAAGGGCCAUUAGUUGGUCCAGGAGUUUAUUGAAUAUGGAAACAUUUAAGUACUCCGAAUGUAGGAGCGAAGAUAGAAGCAAAAAUGAUUUUGCGAAGUACUUGAAUUUUGGUUAAAUUAUGAGGGUAACGAUGUGAUUUAUCAGCCUGACACUAGAGAAGACGAACAUGAGUUGUUCGAACACCCGUGUGGAUGACGACUAGAAAACAACUUGACCAUUUGUUCGAACUGUCGAUAUUGACUAAUUCUGGACAUAUUCUCCAAGCUCAUCUGGUGUAUUUGCAUGGUAGACGGUUUAGUAUCCUGUACUUAGACUAAAAGUUUGCGAUAGAUUCAUCCUGCUGAGUUUUAGCCGUGGAGCUUAGAGCAUGUCAAAGAAUUACUUUUGUACGGCAUGUCGUGUUGGUAUUUGAGUUCGGAAGUUUUCACGAAUUAUCUUCACUUCACGAAUCACUCAUUACGUACUUCUGAAGUAAUAUGAUGAGUAAGGG